AUGGCUUCUCGUAUCCAGAUUCCCCUCGACGUCCUGACGUCGCGCCUGAACAUUCAGGAUCGCUUCGCCGGAUUUCGUAACACUUCUCUCUCUAGUCGGUUCGCUAAUAUGCGUCCCGUCAGCGAGUUCCUCGACUUCAAGCGUUUGUCUAAACCGGAAAACUUCGGCGAGGUUCAGUCGCGUGUCAAUUACAACUUGGGCACCUUCUCGAGCAAUUACCUCUUGGUUAUUAUCCUCCUCAGUGUUUACGCCUUGAUUACGAACCCCCUUCUGCUCUUCGACAUAAUACUUCUGGGUGGUGGAUUGUGGCUCCUUGGCCGACUUAAUGGACAGGACCUUACCAUUGGUACCUUCCAAGCCACGUCUUCCCAGCUGUAUACCGGAUUGCUCGUCACCUGUGGUCUUCUAUUUCUUAUUGCGUCACCUUUCACCACUGUCCUAUGGUUGAUUGGUGCAAGUGGCGUGGUCAUUUUUGGCCACGCUUCUUUCAUGGACAAGCCUAUCGAUGAGGCUUUUUCCGGGGAGGCGGUCUAG